AUGGAGUUGAUCCGGAGAGAAACUCGCUCCGUGGGUAUCUAUGUAGAAGAAAGACCGUGUGAUAUGAGGCGAGGCGAUCCAAGACGUUAUGACUACGAUGCCUGGGUGCAGACGAUGUUGGCAAGAGGAACCGAUGGCGAUGAUGAUGGUGGUGGGGAUGGCGGGGAGAGCGCAGGUGUCGGAACAGAGGAGACAGCGAAAGACGAACAAUUUGGUUUGGUUGUCACUUUCUGCUCGCUCCAUUCGCCGUUCGGAUGUGCCGAUCUUUCGAGCCUGCUGUAG